AUGCCUCCAAAAGAAGAAAAGUCAGCGAACGACAGCAAGAUGGUGACACCAGUGACAAUGCUUCAAACGACGAAUAUUCCAGAAUUUAACCCGAAUGUGGAGUCGUGGAAUGUUUGGAAGGAACGUUUGGAGAUACAUUUCUGUGAAGUGAAUUGCACAGAUGAUAAUGUAAGGAAGUCGAUUUUAUUAAAAUCAAUUGGUGCCGUUCCAUACAAAGUUCUACACAGUUUGUGCAGUCCAGCUACUCCCGUGUCAAAAUCAUUUAAAGAGUUGUGUGAAAUAUUGGACACACAAUAUACUCCACCUACUAUUGUGUUUAGUGAGCGGAAAAUAUUUCAUAUUUCAACGAAGCAAGAAAGUGAAUCUGUGGCGGAAUGGUAUGCUCGUGUAAAGAUGUUGGCACUUAAUUGUAAAUUUGGGGUCAAUUUAGAUGCAUUUGUGUUAAACCAAUUCGUAAUGGGUUUGCCAAAUUUCAUCUUUGAAAGACUGUGUGAAGAAGAUGAGAAUCUCACAAUUCAAAGUGCAUUAAGAAAGGCGAUGAUAUUAGAGACGAAAUGCAUAAUAAAGGGAGGAAAAGAAGAAACUGCAGUGAAUUUUGUCAAGAAGCAAAAACAUCAGAAGCAGAACAACGGUAGUGGUAACAGCAAUAGAGGCAACAGUAGUAGUGACAACAGAGGUAAUGGUGGCAACAGCAACAGAGGCAAAUGGGGAAGCAGCAACAGAGGCAGUGGUGAUGGUGGCAGCAACAGAGAUGGUGGCAGAGAUAACAGAGGCGAUGGUGCACCAUGCACUUUGUUGCCUUUGUCGUUUUACGAGAAUAAUAUUAUGGAAAAGACUCUCCGACCAUGCAAUAUUCCAUAUGUUGACUACAGUGGUGAUAGAUUGAAGCUGGUUGGCGAAUAUGAUGCGUCGAUUACUUUUAAAGGUAAUACAAAAACUGUUGUUGUUGUUGUUGUGGAUUCUGCAAACCCUCCAUUGCUUGGUCGUACGUUUUUACGUUCUUUUAAUUUCGAAUUAUUGCAAAUAAACAAUAUUAAUUUCGAAAAUAAUAAUGCUGCGAUCGUCGAACAAUUGAAGAUUGAGUUCGUCGAGGUUUUUGAAGAUAAGUUGGGUGAAUUUAAAAAUUCGGAAAUUUGUUUAAAGGUUGUUGAAAAUGCAACACCAGUAUUUUGCAAACCCAGACCUUUGCCAUUAGCAUGGAAGGCUAAAGUUGAGAAACAGUUGCGAGAUUUAAUCAGUUCAGGUGUUCUUGAACCUGUUGACAACUCCGAUUGGGGUACACCUUUAGUACCAGUUUUGAAACCCAACGGUGAUUUGCGGAUAUGCGGUGAUUAUAAAAUCACAAUUAACAAGUUUUUAGAGGAUUUUAAAUAUCCUUUACCCAGGAUAGACGAGAUUUUUGCAUCUUUAGAGGGUGGUGAAAUUUUCACAAAGCUUGAUUUGUCCAAUGCGUACAAUCAGCUAAUUCUUGACGAUGAGUCACAAUUAUUGUGUGCAUGGAGUACGCACAUAGGUACAUUAAAAGAUAGUGAUGGCUAUCAAAAAUUCGAAUAUGCAGAUGACUAUGAUGACUUCAUGUAA